AUGUCUCAAAUUUGUCCUCAAACUUUGUCUACAGCAACAUCAUCGACGUCAUCUCUACCUCCAUCAUCUUUGAAUAUUUUAAGUACAAGUAUAACUGCAAUAACGAAAAUUUUUAUUUAUAUUGACAGUAAUCGAGAUGAUGCUAAUGAGCCAUUUUCAAUUAAAAUAAAUAAACCAUCGACGUCAAUUACACUCGAUGAUUUCCUCGCUGCUAUUCCACGACCAUAUACAAAAAAUUAUAAAUAUUUUUUUAAAUCAGUUGAUCCAGUUCUUGGUGUUAUUCGUGAAGAAAUCACCGAUCUUAAACAAAUUCUUCCAUCAGCUAAUGGACGUAUUGCUGCCUGGCUCAUGCCAGCUGUUUUAACACAAAAUACAACUAAUGAUAUAACAACUACAACAGCAAACACAAGUUAUACGUAUCGAACUCGUCAACAAGAUGAUUCACUAUUUACCACGGAUUCAAGUGCAUCGGAAAUGACUGAUAUUGCUAGUCAAAUUGAGCAUGAUGAUGAUGACCGAUUCUCAUCGAUUACAGAAACAACGAAUACAUCAGAUAUAAGCAGUAAUUAUCAACGUAGAAGACGACGACGAAGACGACAUCAACAACAUCAUCGUCGACAAAGAGCUUCAUCUAUGAGCAGUAUGACAGAUUCAACUAUUUCAAUGGAUGUUGUUACUGUUGUUUUAAGUUUGGAACGUAUUAAAUAUCUCGGUAUGACUGUUGUGGGAGAAUCUGAUGGUGGUAUUAUUGUUGGUUCAAUUAUGAAAGGAGGUGCUGUCGAUGCUGAUGGUCGUAUACAACCAGGUGAUAUGAUUUUACAAAUGAACGAUAUUAGUUUUGAACAUAUAUCAAACAGUGAUGCUGUACGUCUAUUACGUGAAACUGUUAAAGAUGCAAAAGCAAUAAAGUUAGUUAUAGCAAAACGAUGGAAUGAUCAUCAUGGUUUAAUCAACGAUGAUGAAAUGAAUGGUUAUUUUCCAUUUCAACAUCAAGCAGUUACGAAUAAUAAUACUCGGCAGGGCCCCAUUCGACCCAUUGAUCCUCGUCAAUGGAUUGCACAAACCAAUGCCGUACUUAUGCGACGACGUUCUUCACUCUCGCCACCACCACCACCAGCAGUUAGUUCAACAUUGUCAUCAUCAUCUUCAAACUCGCCACACACUAAUAGUGGUGUAAAAAAAUAUCGAUAUGAUUUAAAUUUAACACGAAAUUCAGAUAUGGAAACAAUUUGUCAAGCUAUGCAACAAACUCAAUCAGGCUUAGAAAUACGAGAUCGGUUAUGGUUAAAAAUCAUGUUGAAAAAUUCUUUUCUUGGCUCGGAUCUGGUUCAUUGGCUCUAUAAACAUGUUGAUGGUUUUAUUGAUAAACAAGAUGCUAAAGAUUAUGCUUGUGCUUUACUUGAACGUGGUUAUAUUCGACAUCCAAUCGUUGGUUUAUUAACUCGUGGUUUCAGUAAAUCAUGUUAUUAUGUAUUUGGACGUUCAAAUGACGAUGAUGAUGAUGAUGAUGGCGGCCAUAGUCAAAUAAAUGAAAUGUCACAAUUAACUAUAGGCGAAAGUACAAUACAUUAUGAUGCUAUAACACGACCUACAUAUGGAUUUGUCGAUAAGAAUAACAUACCUGUUCUAUAUGCAUCAACAUCAUCGUUAGCAUCUUCGUUUAAGAAAAAGCCUCAUAAUCAAUCAAGCGGUGAAAGUGGUGGUAUCCGUAUGACACCUUUAUCGUUUCUUGCGAACAAUAAUGCAACAUUUUCAACGAUACGAAGUCACAAUCGUCCGAAUAAUAAUUCGACUUGUACAACAGAUAAUUCAAUAAUAACUAUAUAG